GGGUUCCCGGAGGGGUUCCGCGAUGGGCUCCCCGCGCCGCCGGGACGGGGCCGCGGAGCCCCCCUGGCCGUGGGGAGAGGAACGGGACCCCCCCUGGCCGCCCCUCGCCCGCUGUCCCGGCACCAGCCACAGGGCGACGUCGCCGUCCCCGCCCGGUGGCCGCCGCGAUUCCCCGCCUCCCCCCGGCGACCCCACAAUGGGGCAGGACACGAGCGGGACGAGUGUAGGGGCAGGGCCCGGCCCGGACCCCUGUGGGGGCGACCCGUGCUGUGCGAGCACCGUCAGUGAGAAGGAACAGUGUCUGGCAACACUGAGAGAGGAGAUCGAGCACCUCUCCAAGUACAAGGCAGAAUGUGCACAGAAGGACGUCGUGAUCUCCGAUCUCCUGAAAGAAAUAGAAAGCCUGAAGAAAGAGCUGGAGCUGCUCACGGGCGGCGGUGACGUGGAGCCGUACACAGAAACGCAACAAAGGAAGUCAAGUGAAGAAGCUGCUGAAGAAGCGCUCAGUGACUCGAGCACUCCAGGGCUCUUUCUGGAGCAGGCAGAAGGAGAGGAGGGGACGCUGAUUGCUCAGCUCCUUGCGUUCCAGGAUGCCAAUGAAGAACUCUGUGCAGAAAUGCAAAAUGCACACGAUGACUACAACAUAGUCACAGGUAUCAUGUGUUCCUUGCAACGACAACUGGACAUCCAAGAAUCCCAGCUUCGGAAAACCGAAUUUGAAAAGGAAAGGCUCGAAAAGGAGCUCAGAGAGCGAGAAAGUCAGCUACAAGCCAUGUCUGCCAAGUUUUGCAGUCUGAGAGAAGAACGGAAACAUGAAGAAAUGAUGGUGACAACAGAGAAGGAGAACUGCAGUCUUCGACAGGUUGUUACAGAACAAGAAUCCAAACUGGCUGAGCAGAACAAGCUGAUCAGUGAUUUGCAGGGUACAGUCAGGCAGCUAGAGGCAGAGGCUCUGACCAAUCGAUACCAGAUCCACAAGCAGCAGCGUGCCCAGGAAGAGAUGCAGAGCCAAGCUGAAACGCUGCAGCACAUGGAGCUGCAAACUAGAGUGGCACUCGAGUGCCUCACCAGCAGGUUUGAAAGAUUUCGAAGCAAAAUAAUUCAGGCUACAUUCAGUACAGCAGGCAGCAAGCCUCCCCAGGCAGAACUCACUGAUGAGGAGGUGCUGGAGGCAAUGCAGAAGAUAAUUAACGAGCGGAUAGAGUUCUAUCAGAUGCUGAAACAAAAAGGUGUCAGGGUCCCGUCUCUCUACAACAUUGACACGGCUACUUCAUCACCUACCAAUUCUAAGGGUAGGAGGAAGAGUCCUGCAAGAUAGCUUCUCUUAAUGCCUGCAAAACAGCCCUAGUGGUUAAGUCUCAACAUAUCACCAACAUUAGGCUCCUGUUCAUUUGUUUUCUGGUGGUGAUUUGAUAGCAAAUUAAACUCAUUUUACUUGAUUCAAGUUCUGUGGGAAUUCCGUUGUUUUCUAAUUGCUGAAACCGAUUAAACACCAUUCACAGUAGAUCA